UUUUCCUUCCUUCAAAUACAACUUCCUGGUAGUUCUGCAGACGUGCAACUUACAAUUCCUGGGCAUGGAGCUAACAAGCUGCAACAUCCUCUUCCAGACCCGUUCUUUAAGCCUCGUCUGUGGUCUGCUCUUGCUUCUAGAUGCCGUUAUUUGCUCUCAAGAUGCAAACGGAAAACAAGAAUGCUAUAAUUAUGCAGGUGGACACGUUUAUCCUGGAGAGGCUUUCAGAGUGCCUGUGUCGGACCACUCUUUGCACUUAAGUAAAGCCAAAAUAUCGAAGCCCGCCCCUCAUUGGGAAGGAAGCGCAGUGAUUAAUGGAGAGUUUAAAGAGCUGAAACUGUCAGAUUAUAAGGGAAAGUACCUGGUCUUCUUCUUCUACCCACUCGAUUUCACGUUCGUCUGCCCUACAGAGAUCAUUGCCUUCAGUGAUCGCGUCCAAGAGUUCCGAGCCAUCAAUGCUGAAGUGGUGGCAUGCUCAGUGGACUCUCAGUUCACACACCUGGCCUGGAUCAACACACCGAGGAAGCAGGGAGGUUUGGGUCCCAUGAAGAUCCCCCUGCUGUCGGAUCUCACGCACCAGAUCAGCAAAGACUACGGCGUCUACCUGGAGGACCAGGGACACACACUCAGGGGCCUGUUUAUCAUCGAUGACAAGGGCACUCUCAGACAGAUCACUAUGAAUGAUUUGCCGGUGGGACGCUCUGUGGAUGAAACCCUCAGACUGGUGCAGGCUUUCCAAUAUACCGACAAACAUGGAGAAGUGUGCCCAGCUGGUUGGAAGCCUGGCAGUGAUACGAUUAUUCCUGACCCAUCUGGGAAGCUGAAGUACUUUGACAAGCUGAACUGAGGAGCGGAUUCCCCAGGCCUGUUUAAUUCCCCAGCGUUUCGCCCCAUCAGUCCUGCAGUGACAUUGUGCAGUCUGUUUGUCAGGUGUGCUUUGUGAUCAAUAUCAAUGUUCAUGUUCUGAAGCUGAACAAAUAAAAGCAGUUGAUGUCUUUUGAUAA